UGAAUAAAACGCCACUAAAGAAGUUUGUUCCUUUGGAGACACCGUAACAGUUAUCCACGCAGUUUCCGCCCAACAGGAAGUGAGCGGAGUCCAGCGAAAGUGUGAGUGAACUGUCAAAACAAACCAAUAGCGACAAAAUUAUAUCUUCACUCAGAGCGUCCGCACAUCUAAAGAGGUCCCUUCACCACCAUGGACAACAUGCCUAACCCUCUGUGGUGUUUCCGUGAGCAGCAAUCGGCAGAAAUGUUCUUGGAUGACGGGGUAGAGACGGUGACUUCUGUGGAGCAGAAAAAGGUGGAGAAAUCCAUUCAAGAAGUCAUGAGUGUUUACAAGCAAAUACACAGCUUACCACAGCCAACGUUGUUGCGGGAACAACACUACCAGUAUCUCAAGAAGGGCUUACGUCAUUUAUCAGAUGCUUAUGAGUGUCUGGAUGCUAGCCGGCCGUGGCUUUGCUUCUGGAUUCUUCACAGUCUGGAGUUACUACAGGAGCCCAUUCCUGCUGCCGUCGCCUCAGAUGUGUGUCAGUUUCUGGCACGCUGUCAAAGCCCAACAGGGGGUUUUGCCGGGGGACCGGGGCAACACGCCCACCUUGCACCCACCUACGCUGCCGUCAACGCCCUCUGCAUCAUCGGCACAGAUGAGGCCUAUAAUGUUAUAGACAGGGAGAAGCUGCUAGAUUUCUUGUGGUCAGUGAAGCAGCCAGAUGGCUCCUUUGUGAUGCACGUCGGUGGAGAGGUGGAUGUCAGGAGUGCAUACUGUGCAGCUUCGGUAGCAUCGCUCACAAACAUCCUCACACCUAAACUGUUUGAAAACACAACCAACUGGAUUCUCAGCUGUCAGAACUGGGAGGGUGGUUUAAGUGGAGUACCGGGUUUGGAGGCACACGGCGGUUACACGUUCUGUGGUACAGCCGCCCUUGUCAUCCUGGGCAAAGAACACAUGCUGGAUCUGAAAGCCUUGCUGCGUUGGGUGGUCAGCAGGCAGAUGCGAUUUGAAGGAGGUUUCCAAGGCCGCUGCAAUAAACUAGUGGACGGCUGCUACUCUUUCUGGCAAGCUGGACUCCUGCCUUUACUCCAUAGAGCCUUAUACAAAGAAGGAGAGUCAGAGCUGAGUCAGCAGCGGUGGAUGUUUGAGCAGCAGGCCUUGCAGGAGUACAUCCUCCUGUGCUGUCAAAACCCAACAGGAGGCCUUCUGGAUAAGCCUGGCAAGUCCAGAGAUUUUUACCACACGUGUUACUGCCUCAGCGGCCUCUCCAUAGCACAGCACUUUGGGAACAUGGACAACCAUUAUGAGGUGAUCCUCGGCAAGGAGGAGAAUAGAUUGGCACCAACUCAUCCAGUUUACAACAUCUGUCCAGAGAAGGUGGCUCAGGCCCUGCAGCACUUUCUCCGGAUGCCCGUUCCCGAGGUCAGCAGGCAGCCGGGAGGCUCCGGUGAAGACAGACCGUCAGAUGCUGCUGCUGCCUCCUCAUCAGCUGACCUUCAGUCCUAGUUGGUCCUCAGCAGUAACGUCACUGUGCGUUUUUAAAAAAAAACAAAACAAAAUAACAAAAAUCAGCCAACUCUGGGGAUCGCCCCUGAGCCGGGAAGCUGUUGUCAGGUAUUUUGUGGACAAGCGGGAUAGUUGACCCUUGCUGCAGACCAGUGCUGAAUUUUGCCCCAAAUAAAGGUCAACGGUUUUGCAAGGGCAGCCUCACAUUCAGUUGAAUAUGUUUUAUUUUUAUUUUUUUUGCUUGCAUUGUCUGUUUUCAUUCUCUGAAAUAAAGGUGGAACUUUAUAAGGUUUCAGUAGGUUAAUAAAACUUGUUAGAGCUUUU